AUGGAGCGCAGAGAACACCCCCUCCGCAGCCUCCUCGGCGCCUGCUCCUACAUAUUCAACUCCGCCCUCGAGAUGACCGCGGGGCCCCCCGACGGCUCGUCGGCUCCCGCUAGCCCUACGUCGCCGUUCAAGGGCGGGGUUGUUGGAGAGGAGGGCCAGAAUUAUGGGGGGGUCACCGCCGCUAUCUGUGGAGACAACCGGGCGACGGCGGCGGCGGGUUCGGGCGGUCAGCAAGGCUGGGAGGCGUUCAACCGGUCGAUGGACGGCCGCGACGAGGAGGUGCGGAAGGCGGCGGCGGGGGCGGCGGCCGGCGGGGAGAAGGUCAAGGAGCGGGAGCUCCCGGCCCCGAUGCUGGAGGUGCUGAAGGUGGCGCUGUCGCUACUGCGGCGGCUAUCGAACCGGAACCUGACCGCGGCGGGGCCGUUUGCGUCCACGAUGCAGAUGUGGCCGUCGGGGCAUCCCCAGCGGCGGGACUGGGAGGCCGCCCUGGCCAUGGCCGGCGAGCCCCCCCCGUCCAUCGACGCGGCGUCGUCGUCGUCGUCAUCGUCUCGUUCGGCGUUGGCACCGGCGUCAGCGUCCGCAGCAUCGGGGUCCGCAGGUUCGGGUGCGGCGGCGGCGUCGCGAGGAUGGUCAACGUCGGCAGCAGCAGCGGCUAUGGAGGCGGAGAUGGCGGCAAUCCGCCGGCACGGUGGUAGCGGUGGUAGCGGUGGUGGUGCAGGUCGCGGCGGCGGCACCGGCGGUGGCGGCGGCGGCGGCGGUGUGGAGGAAGAAAAGGGCGAGACCGACCCCGAGCGAAACGGCGGCGGCGGCGGCGGCGGAGACGGUGACAAUAACGACGACGACGAUGACGGUAGCCCACCGGAGGCCGGAGGCGCAGCAGCGGCGGCGGCGGCGGCGGCGGCCGCUGAUACCACCGCCGGGAGGAGCGGCACAAUGUCGCCGCCGCAACCGCAGGCACCGGGGACUCCGACCCCGAUGGCCGUGGCAACGCCGAUGGCUGUUGAGCCGCCGUCGACCCCCGACGCGCCUUCGCGAGCAGCGGGAUCGAGAGGCGGUAGUGGGGCCGCCGCUACUGCUGAUUCCACGCUUGCCGAAGGCAGAAAUCAGUCGUCGAAGGUGCGGCAGGGACUUGUGAUUAAGAAAAAAAAUGCGUAG